GUUGCUUUUCCCUUCCGACUUGAACCCGAAAUCUCCUUGAAUGUAUCGGGGAAAAUCCAGAGCGGGAAGGCCUAUGUACGACGCCAGAGAGAUAUGCUAAAUCAAUGCUAUAUUUUACCCAAGGAUAUUCGGAAAAUAUCCAAGACUUGGUCAAUGGAGCAGUCUUCCAUGAAGACCACAGCGAACUCGUUAUUGUGAAAGAUAUCGAUAUCUUCUCUCUUUGCGAGCAUCAUAUGGUUCCCUUCACUGGAAAGGUACAGUACAGUCUAGACCCAAGGGUGUCGGGGUCAUUGUGGAGUGCAUUCACUUGUGCAUGACCACGCGCGGUGUUCAGAAAGUGGAAAGUUCUACAAAUACCAGUUGUAUGCUUGGCUGCAUGUUGACGAGCUCGGAGGUCAGAAGUGAAUCCAUGUCACUCCUU